ACAAAAACAGAGGAAGUUGCCGAAGAAACUGGUACGGAAAUCCCAACCACAAAACAGAUUUGCUGCUCUCUGAGAGGAUCAGGAUCACGCCAUCUGUCUUCUUUACUUUAGGGUAGCACUGUGUGUAGGGUUGAAGCAGAUAUCUUACAAAUGCGAGAGUCUCUUUUGUUGAAAGCAGCAAAAUGUCCAACUCCAACGCCGCCGUCGCUUUCUUCACUGCCUGACGAAAUCGUUCUGAGAUGCUUAGCCCGCGUCCCAAGAAGCUAUCACCUAAGCCUCUCAUGGGUCUCAAAAAACCUAAAAGCCCUUGUUCGCUCGCUGCCUGAGCUCAAUGGACAACGAUCUAUCCUCCACAAGAGGAGCUCCCUCUAUCUAUGUUUCCAACAAGAAUACAACGACUCAUCCUUCCACUGGUUUACUCUCUGUCCCACUGAGGAAACAUCAACGACGGAGUAUCAGCUACUCUCGAACUCAACGCCCUUCCCUCCUCAUAAGUACGGUUCUUCAACCGUCGCAGUGGGUUCGAACAUCUUCUUCAUCGGCCGAUCUAGAAGACCUUCCUCGGAUCUAUGGAUCCUUGACACCCGAUCCGGAAACAUGACUCAGGGACCAAGCAUGAGCGUGCCUCGAAACGUGGAAGACGCAGCUGUGGGUGUAAUAGACGGGAAGAUAUACGUCAUCGGAGGCGGAGGGUAUCAUGAAGAGAUCCAAGUUGAAGUUUUCCACCCAAAGUCGGAGACUUGGGAGCUUGCGGGGAUAGAGAACAUGCGUACGAUUCCACGGUCUAGCGCCUCCGUGGAGGGGAAGGUGUACAUGGUGGAGUACGAGAAGACGAGCGUGUACAACCCGAGGGAAUGUGAAGGACAACGGUUGGUUAAGAUUGUAAGCGAGAGACUCUCGGAACGUGGAAGAAAGGAGACGGUGCCUGAUACUGUGGAGCGCGUGUGUGUGGUGGAGGAUGUUCUCUUUGCUUGAUUUAAGCGGUUGGGGUGAUGUGGUUUGAUACAAAGAUUGACGUGUGGAGAAGAUUGGUGGGUCGCGAUGGGAAGGAGAUGUUUAUCUUUCAUGCGGAUGCCAUGUCGGAAUACGAGGGUAAGCUUGUGGUUUUGUACAUGUGGGGUGAGAGUAGAGUUGAUGAUAGUGUUACUGAUAGACUUCUAUUAUAUUGGGUCUGAUGUGGCAAGUGAUGAUGCUGACGUGUUUAAUGAAGAAGAGUCAGGAGAGCCUUGGUUUGGUGCAGAAGGUUUGCUGUUACAAGCUUGAAGAAAGAAGUCGAAGUAUAAGAGACGAGCCGGGAGGAAGAGAAGAGCUCAUGCUUAUGAUGUUGAUGUGAUUCAAGCGCUAUGAGCUUGGAGGAGAUGAUCGCCAUGAGAUCAUCUCUGCGAUCGCUAUGAGAUCGUAUUUCUAUCUUUUAUGAGCAUCGUUACUCUUGUAAUCUGACAUUGAAGAUCAAUAAAGGAGUGAGGGAUUUGUAAAGUCUAACAGUUACCAAGAGUGUUCGGUGUAAGUUGGUCUCAGUGCAUAGAGCUGGAGACAGGAUUUGUGGGACGAUCGAUUGGUCUGGUGUUGUGGGUACAGUCCCCUCUUCGUUUUGUUUUCUGCAUUGUUUAGCUGUUUCUGAGUGAUUUGAGAGAGCAAGUUGGUUGGUUGCUAGCUAGAAAGGAUUUAUCAUGGAAUCAUAUUAGGAAGGAAAUUAACAUGUUUUUAAGUUUGUGGAA